AUGUUUCUCAAAGGCAAGUAUUGCAUUUGUUUCUUAAUUGCUGUACAGAUCCUUGCAAUCGCUACCUUCGUAGCCGCGGCUAAUGCAGGUUUGUUAGACUAUGGACACGCCCCUGUAGCGCACUCCUACUCAGCACCUGUAGCUCACGCAUAUUCAGCACCUGUAGCCCAUGCGUAUUCAGCACCAGUAGCUCAUGCUUAUGCCGCACCUGUAGCUCACCACGCAUAUGCCGCUCCAGCUUUGGUUAAAUCUGCUCACCAUGACGUAGACUACUAUGCCCAUCCAAAAUACGAAUUCAACUAUGGAGUUCAAGACGGCCACACUGGAGACCACAAAACCCAACACGAAGUCCGUGAUGGUGACGUAGUGAAAGGUUCCUACACCGUAGCUGAACCAGACGGUACUCUCCGUACUGUUCACUACACCGCUGACGACCACAAUGGUUUCAACGCUGUUGUAGAAAAAUCCGGACAUCCCGUUCACCCAGCUCCAGCUUAUGGACACGGAAAAGUACUCCUAGCCGCUCCUGCUGCCCACCCACGCUCCCUUGUACCAUCAUUAAGGCACUCAGUAUGUUCGUUGAUUUUUGUCUAA